AUGUCGGUGCUCCAGUGGUUCUCCGACGUGUUCUCCGCCGGAUCGCAGUCCGAGAUCUUGCAGGCAGGCUUGGAGGAGGCAGUAAUGAUCGUCGUCUUCGCGGUCGCCAUUUCGCUUCACACCUUUCUCUUCGGCGGGUUCGGUGCGAAAGCCAAACCGAGGAAGGGCGUCAAGGGCAGCAUCAAGACGAAGGCGUCUCCAGACGUGAAGGAGGUCGGCGAUCGCAAGGGCACCGCGUCCGCGAGGGACGACGCCGCCGCUUUCCGCGCGGGCGUCAGGGACCUCCGUGCCGCGCUGGCCGCCUCCGACCUCCACGCCGCCCUGCGGCACCUCCGCACCGUAGCGCCCCAGUGGCGUGCCGCCGGCGACGCGACGCCGUCCGCCGCACCCGACGGGCUGCUGCAGGGCCUGGUGCGGCUGGCGGUGGAGCAGUCGAUGGUGCCGCUGCUGCUGGCCGCGCUCGGGCAGUGCGGCCUUCUCACGGAGCGCGUGGUGGAGGCGGUGCUCAGGGACCCGGCGCAGCGGGCGAGCGCGGCGUCAGUGUUGCAGGUCUUGCAGCUCGCGCAGGGGCAGGGCAUCGCUCCCACGAGCGCCAUGAACUGCGCGCUGAUCGGGGCCCUCGGCGUGGAGCGCCGCGUGCAGGAGGCGCUGGCGGUCUUCGACGCGUGCGCGGAGAAGCCCGCCUGCCUCCACAACGCCAUCCUGGGCGUCCUCGUGGGCCACUGUGACAUGCCAGGCGCGGAGCGCAUCCUGGCGGGCGCAUCUGCGGCAGGGGUGGCCGACGCGACCACCUACGGCACGGUCAUCAAGGCGUACCUCAAGGGCGGGAAUGUGCAGCCCGCGCGCGCCACCAUGGAGGCGAUGCGGGCCGCCGGGCUGCCACCGAGCGUGGUCAUCCUCAACGAGUUCCUCAAGGCAAGCCUCGCGAGCGGCAGCGACGACUUCUGGAAGGUCAUCGACGACAUGGUGGCGUGCGGGGCUCACCCAAACCAGGUCACGUGCUCGAUCCUCCUCAAGAACAUCCAGUCCUCGUCCUGCGCCGCGGACGUCGAGCGCACCAUGGCCGUGCUGAAUCUCAUGGGCGACCAGAUGGGCGGCUUCACUGGCAGCAUGGGUGACCAGAUGGACGAGGUGCUGCUCUUCUCGGCCUGCGAGGCGGCCGUCCGCGCGGGGCGCGCGGACCUGGUGCACAAGCUCCUCGAGCGCCUGGGCGGCGAGGGCGGCGCGCGGGUGCGCGGCGCCCAGACGUACGGGAGCAUCAUCCGCGCCCGUGGGUACGUGGGUGACUUGGACGGGGUGCGGAGCACGUGGGCCGAGAUGCGCUCGCAGGGCAUCACCCCGACCUCGGUCACCACCGGCUGCAUGGUGGAGGCGCUCGUCAGCAACGACGGCCCGGAGGCCGGCCACCGGCUGAUCCGCGAGAUGCUGGGCGAGGAGGAGCUGCGCCCCCUCAUCAACUCCGUGAUCUACAACUCUGUGCUGAAAGGCUUCGUGCAGCAUAAGAUGUUCGACCGGGUCUGGGACGUGCAGGCGGAGAUGCGGCGGGAGCGGGUGCAGCCGUCCAUCGUCACCUACAACACCAUUGUGGACGCUUGCGCGAAGAGCAACGGGAUGUCACGUGUUCCGGCGCUGAUGGAGGAGAUGGCGAGCUCUGAUAUUCAGGCCGGCGCGGUCACAUACAGCACCAUGAUGAAAGGCUACGUGCAAGAGAAUCGCGUCGACAAGGCAUUCGAGCUCAUGGACGAGAUGAAGACUAAGGGGUUCAAGCCGGACGACUACUCCUACAACGCACUCUUGGAUGGUUGUGCACGCCAAGGUCUAUUCGACAGCGGCAUGCAGCUACUCGCCGACAUGCAGGACAGCGGCAUCAAGCCCAGCAGCUUCACGCUAUCGGUGGUGGUGAAGCUGGCGAACCGCAGCAACCGCCUCGACAAGGCCUUCGAGAUCUGCGACGACCUCUCACGCCGGUUCGGCGUGCGGCUCAACGUCCACGUGUACAACAACCUGAUGCAGGCCUGCACGGCCCACCGCGACGUCGGGCGGGCCCUGGAGGUGCUGGCGAGGGCGGUGGGCGAGAGGGUGCGCCCGGACGCCCGCACGUACACCGUCCUCCUCCGCGGCUGCCUCACUGCCGGCGACGCGCGGGCCGCCGCUGGCCUGCUCGCGGCGGCCUGCGGGGUCCGCUCCCCGGCCCCGCCGGUGGCCGACGUCGCCGGCCUGCAGGUGCGCGGUGGCCUGCCCUCGGAGCUCAUCUCGGAGGCCCUCGGGGGCAUCGCGGCGCAGCGGGGGUGCGAGGAGCUGGCGGUGCGCCUCGCGAAGGACCUGGGCGGCGCGCCCGGCGUGAAGCUGGACCCGAAGGUCGCGGUGCGCCUGGUCUCCCGGCAUGCCCGCUGA